UGACCUGCUCUAUGGCUGUGAUAUCAUAUCGCUCCCUCCUGGGAGCGGAAAGAGGGGCGCUGAGGGUGGUCGAAGACAGCGUGGAAAAGGCGACAACUGACAGGAUCGUGAAUCAUCAUUGACAGGCACCACGCGCCGGCAAUAGACGGGCGCACCGCCCAGAAGUUUGCCCCACUAAUGCCGCCCCACGUAUGCCUUUCUGAGCGCUCCCCGGUCCUCCGGCAGGACCAUCACAGUGAUUCUUGAACCUUAUGCCCUGCUUCUGUAUAUAUCUGGGAAUCUGUGCCGACUCAGAAUCUUACCCGAAAGAAAGCUGAACUCCUCGACCUUCUAUUUACUCUGUGUACCUUCCCAUCUGAAUUCAAGUACCCCAGUCUUGACAUUACACAAUGUUCUCCAUUGUCAAACGAGUGACCAACCCCGACCCCGCCGUCCCACAGAAAGCAAGCGAUGCUGUCCGCGUCGGCUUGUUAGGUGCUUCGCGCAUCUGCCUCCAGUCGGUCAUCGGGCCUGCGCGGUCCUUGGAAUCCGUUAUAGUCCACGCCGUGGCGGCUCGUGAUGGCGCCCGCGCAGUCGCAUUUGCACAGAAGCACGACAUCCCCAAGUCAUACGGUGAUUACGAGUCCCUCCUGGCCGACCCAGACGUUGAUGUCAUUUACAUCGCUCUUCCAAACUCGCUCCACGCCGAGUGGACCAUCAAAGCCCUGCAAGCGAAAAAAAACGUCCUGGUCGAGAAACCUGCCGCAAGCAACGCCGUCGAGGCCGCGGCCAUCAAGCGGGAACUGGACGCCAACCCGGGCCUCAUCGUCUGCGAAAACUACCAUAACCUGUUCCAUCCCGCUCUUCGCCGGUUGCGCGAUAUCGUCGCUUCUGGCAUUCUCGGUACCAUUCGCACGGCGUCCGCCGUGAUAAAUGUUCCAAACUUGUUUGGAAUGGAGGACAUCCGAUUCAAGUACUCUCUCGCUGGUGGCAUCAACAUGGAUCUGGGAUGCUAUGCGCUCUCAGCCCUUCGUUUCUGUCUGGCAUCCGAGCCCACACGAGUCCUCUCUGCCGUCCCAACUAUCGUCAAGGACAACAUCGAUGGCGCAAUGGAAGCCCAGCUGGAGUUCGACUCCGGCUGCAUUGCAACGUAUCAAGUGUCGAUGAUUCGAUCAAUGCCGUCCUUCCUCUGGAACGAGAAACCUAAAUUGCACGUCAUCGGCGAAAAGGGCUCGGUCUCCAUGUCCAUCUUCAUCAUGCCGCACGUAUACCAUCGCAUCGUCCUUGACAUCCAAGGCGGGCCCUGUACUACCGAGACCGUCUAUGAGGAUGGGCACACCAGCUACUGGUAUUCGCUGAGUGCCAUGGCAGCUGCCGUGCGCGCCGAUGCAAAGGCCAUGGCCAGACCCAAUUUCCCCUUCGAGUGGUCCAUCAACAAUCAAAAGGGGGUGGACAUGGUAUACACUGCGGCAUCCAUGCCACUGCGCGGCAAAGUGGCUCCGUGGACCCAGAUGAACGCUCUUUGAUAAGUAGGAUAGACACAAUCAUAGAAAAGGAAAAGUAUCCAGAUACCACCGCUCUUUGUAAAGGUUGUUCUCAGUAUAUCCCCGGACGUAUGGAAUCUUGGUUUCCUCGUGAGUCAAUGGUGCUGGCUGCUGGCCCAUGCUGAAAUGAAUGAUGGAACCAAUGAUGAAUUUCGGAAUAUUUGCCGCGAACGAGGCAGAAGUGGGUCCUUCGCCUCAAUACCGCCCGGCACU